AUGCCAUCCAUAAUCCUGCAUCCGCCAGACAAGGACAGAAUAUCCGACACAGCCAAUCCACUUCCACAACUUCUUCAAACGCCUUCCGGUCUAGCCAUAGUAGAAAUCCAGGGCACAGUCAACUCCACUCUCACCUCAAUGCAACACGAAAGCGACGGCAGCUUAGCCCUAGGUAAACUGGAAUUCCCACUCUGCGAUGCUACUGCUACCUCGGAAGAUACGGCAUGGCAGAAACGCGUCUACUUAUACGUGGGCAAGCAUCAACGCAUGACUGGCGAAGUGAAGAAACUGCCCAAGCCUAUCGCUGUUAUGCGAAAGCGUGAGACGGAGUCAGACGGUGUAGAGGAGCUUGAGGUGGCUGAGAUCGUCUACUGGAAAUUGCUCUUCGCGCAUCGGCCUGAACCUCCCGUCUUGUUUGUGCUUGGCAAAGUCAUCUAUCAGCUCUACGUCCAUCCGCUCAGCAAGAUUCCGGGACCUAGGAUCAAUGCAAUUUCUCGCAUCCCAUAUAUCCGCCACCUUCUCGCUGGCACGACCGUAGACAAUGUCAACGCACUCCACGCCAAGUACGGCGAUGUCGUCCGUGUGUCGCCCAACGAGGUAUCCUUCACUUCCAUCGACACCGCUCAUCAAGAUAUAUAUGGGUUUCGCACGGGGAAAUCGAAAGGUAGGGCAAGCCAGAAGCAGAAAGAUGCAGCUUGGUAUGCCCCUGCUGCUAAUGGUGUGCCUUCACUUCUGAUCGCCGACGAUGAAGCUCAUGCGCGCCAUCGGCGAAUCUUAAGUCAUGCCUUUAGCGAGAAGGCACUAGCCGGUCAGGAAGUACUACUGCAGAAAUAUGUCGACCAGUUAAUCGACCGUCUUGGGGAGACUUCUGCGGGCUCUGGCAAGACGCAGGAUAUGGUCCUGUGGUACAAUUGGACGACUUUCGAUGUUAUUGCCGACCUGACAUUUGGUGAGCCUUUCGGCUGCUUGCAGAACCUGGCGACCGACAAGCACGUACAGAAUAUCAAUAAUGCGCUGGCGGGCUUCCGUCUCUACUACAUCAUGUACUACUUCCCUUGGGUCAAGAAGUUCGGCAGUCUUAUCAUCGACCAGACAAAAGUUGCUGCCCGUGUCGACUUCAACAAAUGGGUCACAAGUCAAACGCAAAAGCGAGCCGAACGCGAGACACAAAGGCCGGACUUCAUGACGCAUAUCCUUGCGGCGAAUCGAGGUGACAAGGAUGGCUCGAAGAUCUCAAUGAAAGAGGUCGAGAGUGACAAUAGCGUCUUCCUCGUAGCGGGAUCCGAGACUACCGCCUCCAUGUUGGCUUCCACGACCUACUUCCUGCUGAAGAAUCCGGCCAUCAUGGAAAAGUUGACAGAGGAGGUUCGUGGGCGCUGGAAGGAGUACAGUGACAUCACACUCGAGGAAGUGAAUAAGGCUCCAUAUCUGCUUGCGGUACUGUCUGAAGGGCUGCGGUACUUCCCACCAGUCCCGACCGGCUUCGAGCGCAGAGUAGGUGAAGGUGGCGAAAUGGUCAGCGGGCACUUCAUACCAGAAGGGACAUCCGUCGCCGUCUCUCACUACACAGCCUACCACGAUCCGAAACAUUUCACAGACCCCGAUGCUUUCGUGCCCGAGCGCUGGAUUGAUGAUGAGAGGUAUGCCUCUGAUAAGUUGGGCUGGGUCCAGCCAUUCAGCUACGGACCUCGCAACUGUCUCGGAAAGAAUCUUGCAUAUGCUGAGAUGAGGCUGAUCAUGGCCAAGAUGAUUUGGUCUUACGAUCUGACGCUCGAUUCCAGAAGUACCAACUGGGUCAAUCACUGCAAAGUGAUGGCAUUGUGGGCCAAGCCUGAGCUGCUUGUGCAUGUCAAAGAAGUCGCCAGAUCUUAG